GCGGUACCAUGAUUUUUAUCGUCUCCAAUUAGUAACGUUCCCUAUGUGCCAAUCCCUGAAACUUUGUUUCCAUGACGAUUUAAUGUAGUGGGGAUAGACGUUGUAUCAAUCAAACAAGUAUUUAUGCAACGUGCUUCCUAGUACUAAGAUCUUUGUAUUUACAAGGAAAAUGAAGAUCGAAGAAGUAAAAAGUACCGCAAAGACUCAAAGAAUAUCAGCUCAUACACACAUAAAAGGAUUAGGUCUUGACGAGAAUGGAGUUGCAAUACAAGCUGCAGCAGGUCUUGUCGGUCAAGAGGAGGCUCGUGAGGCAGCUGGGGUAGUAGUUGACAUGAUAAAAUCAAAGAAAAUGGCUGGUAGAGCAGUGCUAUUAGCUGGUCCCCCUGGUACUGGAAAAACUGCAAUUGCAUUAGCUAUUGCUCAAGAGUUGGGUAACAAAGUACCAUUCUGUCCCAUGGUAGGCUCGGAAGUCUAUAGUUCUGAAAUAAAAAAGACAGAAGUUUUGAUGGAAAAUUUUAGAAGAGCCAUUGGUCUCAGAAUCAAAGAGACUAAGGAAGUAUACGAAGGGGAAGUUACAGAACUAACUCCAUCUGAAACAGAAAAUCCUAUGGGUGGAUAUGGGAAAACAGUAUCACAUGUGGUAAUUGGACUAAAAACAGCUAAAGGUACUAAGCAGUUGAAAUUAGAUCCAUCCAUAUACGAAUCCUUGCAAAAGGAAAAAGUUGAAACUGGAGAUGUAAUUUACAUUGAGGCAAAUAAUGGUGCUGUGAAGAGACAGGGCAGAAGCGAUAAUUUUGCUACUGAAUUUGAUUUGGAAGCAGAAGAGUAUGUUCCUUUACCUAAAGGUGAUGUACAUAAAAAAAAGGAGGUCAUUCAGGAUGUAACAUUGCACGAUCUGGAUGUUGCUAACGCCAAACCACAAGGAGGUCAAGAUAUUAUGUCUAUGAUGGGUCAAUUAAUGAAACCUAAAAAGACAGAAAUUACAGAUAAAUUGCGCAAAGAAAUAAACAAAGUUGUAAAUAAAUACAUUGAUCAAGGUAUUGCGGAAUUAGUACCGGGAGUUUUAUUCAUAGACGAAGUUCACAUGUUGGAUAUAGAGACAUUUACAUAUCUUCAUCGUGCACUAGAAAGCGCAAUUGCGCCAAUAGUUAUCUUUGCAACGAAUCGAGGUCGUUGCAUAAUCAGAGGAACUGAAGAUAUCGUAUCACCACAUGGAAUACCUCUCGAUCUCUUAGAUAGAUUGUUAAUCAUACGAACGCUUCCAUAUUCUAGAAAGGAAAUAGAACAAAUUGUUAAACUAAGAGCCACUACGGAAGGGUUGCAAAUCGAAGAUGAAGCUCUGUCAGCUCUCGGUGAAUUAGGUACAAAAACAACGCUUAGAUACGUAGUGCAACUUUUAACUCCUGCGGCAUUAACGGCCAAAGUAAACGAAAGAACAAUAAUUAAAAAAGAAGACAUCGAAGAAGUAGGAUCAUUGUUCUUAGAUGCAAAAUCCUCUGCGAAAAUUCUUACACAGAAUAAAGAUAAAUUUAUGAAAUAAAUGUGUUUGAUUGAUUGUUAUUUAAUGAAUUGUUUCUUGUACCUUAACAAAUUCAUAAAAUAUUCAGUUGUAACAUACACGCUUUUAUAAUUGACUUCAUUUACCAUAAAUAAAGUUUAAUUUAUGUGAAAUAUAA